AUGAAAGGUGCUGGUGACAGUGUUAACGACCGUACAACAACAACAAUGAAUCGUGGUGAUACUAUUAGUGCAAAUAGUUUAAUUAUUGAUAAUGAUAAUAAUAAUAAUCAGAUUCCUGCUGAUCAACCAACACUAAGUGGAGCAUUUGGUCUCACAAGAGAUACUACAACAGAACAAGUCAUUAAAUUAUAUGGUAUAUGUGGUGCCGGCAGUUUAGUUAUUGUUACGAUUGUUAUCGUCUCACUUGAUUGUUGUAAUGAUAGCAAUAGAAAAGAAUAUGAAGAAUUAGCAAAAUAUAGAAUGUUACAAGAAAAUCAAGCUAGACAAAGAGCUUUAGCCAUGCGACGCCCUCAACAAAUAUCUAAAGAUAAAGAAGAAAAACCCAAAUCAUCUGUUACUCAAAUUCAAGGAUCACAAGUAGCUAAUAAUGAAUCUAAUCCUCCUUCUUAUGGUCCUCAUCAUUAUCAUCCACAUUAUUUCCAUCAUGUACAUCAACAUUCACUUGGUUAUCCGAUUCCAGAUCGAUCUAAUCUAGUUGAUAUGGGUGUCAAUACAUCAGAUAAAUUUGUGCCUCCAUCAUAUCAUAGAAAUAAUGAAAAUACAACACAGACAGAUCGAACAGAAGGUACACAAACAUCAGCAAUGGAAUUAAAUGGAAUACCCAGCAAUGUAACGGAAAUUAUUCAUGAACGAACAAUUGUAAAAGGACCACGAGAACUUUUAGGUACAAUUAAAGAAUCAAUGGCACAGCAAGAUAGAUUAUCAACGAUUGGUCCUGAUAAGAUUGACGUAAACACACUCAUAGCUUUUGUUUGA